AUGGGCGUGGGAGCCUGGGUGCGCGUGGUUCGCUUACAGAACCGUCUCCCACAGCAGACAUUUAUUGAGCUGCCCCUGUGUGCCAGCCUCUCCUGGAUGCUCAGUUUCGUCUGGGUGGGAAGCCAGCUGGGAUUGAAGGUGUGCACCACCACUCGGGGCUCCUGCAAGCCGGAGGCGCUCGCCAAGCGCCCGGCCGCGCUGCCCCUGCUGGAGCGCGGGAGCGAGGGCGCCGCCGCCGGCUCGCUGCCCUCCACGCCGCCGCCGGCCGACGACGACGACGACGACGAGCUGUACCGCCAGUCGCUGGAGAUCAUCUCGCGCUACCUGCGGGAGCAGGCGGGCGGCCGCAAGGACGCCAAGCCGCUGGGCGCGCCGGGCCGGCGGGCGCUCGAGACCCUGCGGCGCGUGGGCGACGGCGUGCAGCGCAACCACGAGACGGCCUUCCAGGGCAUGCUUCGGAAACUGGACAUCAAGAACGAUGACGAUGUGAAAUCUUUUUCUCGAGUGAUGGUCCAUGUUUUCAAAGAUGGCGUAACAAACUGGGGCAGGAUUGUGACUCUUAUUUCUUUUGGUGCCUUUGUGGCCAAACACUUGAAGAGCAUAAACCAGGAAAGCUGCAUCGAACCAUUAGCAGAAAGUAUCACAGAUGUUCUUGUAAGGACGAAACGGGACUGGCUUGUCAAACAAAGAGGCUGGGAUGGGUUUGUGGAAUUCUUCCACGUACAGGACCUAGAAGGCGGCAUCAGAAAUGUGCUGCUGGCUUUUGCAGGUGUUGCUGGAGUAGGGGCUGGUCUGGCUUACCUAAUCAGAUAGCCUUGAGUACAGUGGGUGACUCCAGCCACCAAACUACAUGCUUCUGUGGACACAAGUGUAUUUAUCAAGUUGGACUUGAAGCUGCCCGCCUUUAACAAUCCAUGAAUUCUUCUCUAGCAACAUAGCCAGAGAGAAAGCAAGUGGCAACAGGAUUGUGGCUAACAAGAAUAAAUACAUGGGAAAAGUGCUCCCUCUGGAAGAUUAAUGUCUGAAAGAAGCAAAGUUCACUCUCAGCAACUUUGGGAGGCCAUGGAGGAGGACUUGUAGAUUGAAUGAGAGUGGGUGGAUGGAAAAUUCGAUUUCCUUGUUUAAAACUAGAAGAGGGGCCAGUCACCAGGCUAGUCAUAGUCAGUAACCUCGCAGAAUCCGUUGUUCUGCUGUAGUGUUGAAGAGGAGCAGUAACAGUGGUGGAGACCUGUGGGAAAUGGAUUUUUAAGCUACAAGUGACCGAACUAUGACUAGAAGCUGCGGUGCUGUCCGAGAAUUGGAAAGGAGGCGCGCUCUUAGCCUUGCCAGGUGGACUUCCAGACAGGGCCCAAGUGGGACUUUAGACCUGUCCACACUGACCUGGUUUGGAUGAUUCUUAAGUUUAUUAGCCUCGUAAUGGCCAAACGUACUUGACUUAAGGUUCACUAAUUAGUUACCAAACGGAAUAGCCUCAAUUUUUAAGAAAAGCCGCUUAUAAAAUAUUUGUCUGUAAAAAUUGUAUAUAUUUUUACAGAAAAUCUAUUUCUUUGAACAUAAAAAGAGGGAACUCUUGGGACUAGUUUUUUUCAUGCCCUUUUGAAAAUUGCAACUUCUCUAGUUAGAAAUCUAUUUCUUACAGCUUUUUAAAGACUUUGUCAUGAUCAGUUCUAGAGUAUAUACAGAACCAGCUGUAUGUGUGGACUGGUUGUAGAAUAAAUCAUAACUAUGCAGGCUUAAUUUUCCAAUCUGAUUUUGUAUUUAAGGAUCACAGGUAGAUGUAAGGCAUUUGAUCCAACCCUGUUGACAGUGAAGUUGUGAAGUUUGGGAGCGCUCUAGAGUCUUAACAAUGGUGCUAUUUACGGGGCUUACUUGUUCAGUACAAGGUGAAGCCUGGUGGUGUCAAUAAAACAAAUACAUAUUUCUUUUCUACUAAUUAUUGCCAGCCUUUGUUUUGAAUUUCUGUCUUGUCUGUAGAUGUCCCGCCUGUUGUAUUGAAUUAACCUUUCCUUCCUCUCCCUUUACACAGCGGGCUUGUUUGCUGUGCUCUCUCUGCCCCCUACGGAUAGAAUUGAAGUCUAUAUUUCCCCCUGGGAUCUUGACUGGCCAUCUUAGUUCUCUGCAGUAGAAUCCACAUCUCACCCCCAAAACUGGGGACAUGAGUAACCUCCCUCCUUCCUAUCAGGAUUGGCAGGACUUUCUUGUUAGAGGGUAGUAAUGCUUCCUCUUUGAGCCCCCGACAACGGUAACAGCUAUGGGCAUUUUUGGAUUGGCAUAUUUCCCAUUGUUACUUUGUCCUAUUUUGGCAAGAAAACUAUCAACAGUCUCCUUGGGAAUUUCAAAAGUUGGCGUGAGCUGCAUAGCUUUAUCUACAGUUUUAUCGAAUAUGCUCACUUAUAUUUAGAGAAAGGUGAGUUUGGAAAACUCUGGAUAUAUGAAGCCACUGGUAAACCGAAGUGUUUGAGCUAGGGUUGUCUGAAAGCUGGCCUUGCAAGUCCUGACCUUUAGUCAGGACUAAGAUAAAAAUAGGGCAUGAAUCAAAUGACUAAGAAUGUAAUGGGGAAGAAGUGCCCUGCCUGCCCAUAAGGUCAUCUUGCUGGAGCUGUUGUACCCAUGUAUUUAUUUAUCCUCCUCGAUCCAUAAAUUGCUAAUUUAUGUUUGUCUCUUUGGGGUUGAAAGCACUUUAUGUAGUUUGAUUAGCCCUGUAAGUUCAAGUGACUGAAGGUUAGCCUCCCAUACCCAGUCUUGUAAGUUUUGUUUACUAGGAGCCUGACUUCCCAGCUCACCAGGUGUGAUAGCUGAAGUACAGACAGGAUCUUAGUAGGUGUCUUAGGUGUGGGGCUGUGAAGACUUGGAGAGGCCAAGUGCUCGGGAAGAGGGAUUGAUUUAGAUGGAGAAGAGGCAUGUGGUCUUGAGUGCUGACUAGCUGGGUAGUUGGGGCUCCGCCUCCAAAGUGAAGAGGGAGGGGCUGCUUGGAAAGAUGGCUCUCAGUAAAUCUGUCUUUUACUUCUCAGGGAAAACAUUGCUCAAGCAUCAGCAUGUACAUGCUACCCAGGGUGAACAUCUUCGUUUUGGUAGAGCAGCUGGCAUUUUUAACAGCUGUUACCGAAAGGGUUAGGACCAAGUGGCUUGUAAAAAAAAUGUUUCCCUAACUUCUGUUUCUUAUCCCUGAGGAAAAAUAAAUAAACCUUUUUUUUUUUCCCUAA